CUCCAGGAGAUCAGAGAUGGCGAGUGUGAACCCCUUAUCCAAUCCCAAGGGGGUGAAGCUGGAGUGUGAGCUGUGCCACAGCCCUGCCUUCAUCCAGUGCCCCGACUGUAAGGUCACCUAUUACUGUGAUGUUGACCACCAGCAGGCAGACUGGACCAGUAUUCAUGAGAAGAUAUGCCAGCUUCUCAUCCCUGUGCGGGCAGCCAUCCCAUUCCUGACCUCAGCAGAAGAGAGGGCUCACUCCGCAGAGCAGCUAUUACAAAGGAAGACUUAUUUGAUUGACCUGACUACAAAGGAAGCCCAAAGACUCUUGUAUGAAGGGCGCCAUGUGGAUGUAAUCCCAGCAGCCACCCAUGCUCUGUCUUUCAGCAUAGAUGUACACGGGCUGACAUCAGUAGAACUAGUGCCUGUAUACCUUAUUCUGGCAGAAGCCAACAUUGGUUUGGGAAAUUUAACACAGGCCGAGGAGUACCUGUCUCAUGCUUACUGGACUGUACUAAAAACGACGGAAUGCAGCAACCUCAUACGAUCCAAUCUGCACAGGAAUCUCGGCCUUCUGUACUCUGCCAAGGGAGAGUUUGAGGAAUCGCUGCGCCACCUCUCUAAUGACAUUUACUAUGCGAGCACCGUCUCUGGACCUAAGGACAUCAGCACUGCGGGAGGAUACUUCCAUAUGGCCAAUGUUUUUUUCCGGCAGAAUAAAAUGGACAUUGCUGAUUCUCUGUAUUCCGAGGUAACGGAUAUUUGGCACACUCACCUGAACAGAUUGAUUGAUAGUCAGAUAAGGUCUUCAAUGAGAAUUGGUCCUGUUUGUUUUGAUGACAGCGAUCAAGAAGGCAUAGAUGAAAACCAGAAGGCAGAAGCUCUUCAGAUCCUCAGUGCAAUUUAUGACAUCAGGGAACAAGCUGCAAAGAAGGAGCCAGCCAACAUAGCCAAGGUUCUACAUGCCCUGGCUAUGCUGCACUAUCUCAGAGUGGAUUUUAAGGCGGCACAUGAGUUGGGAAGCAAACUCCUUCAACUUACCCAGCAGCUGCCAGAGGAUGAUAAAUCAGACAGCUUAACGCUCUUUAUGGAGAGCAUUGAAAGAAAAAUGUCUGCAAAGCCGACUACACAAAGCCGAAUUGCCAAACCCCUUUGAAUUGUGGACUCUGCAUAAAAUGGGAUGGAUGCAACCGACUCAAGAUGGGAAUUGUCGUAGUACUUCAUGUACAGUGCGAGCUUUCAUGAACAUUCCUGUGUUUUUGGCUGUUACUGCUCAACUUGGAAUAUUGAGUGUUCCCCUUCAUGUUGGGGGUUUUCAAUGUCUGUUUUCUUAUUAACCACUUGCUUACUGGGCACAUAAACCCCCUUCGUGCCCAGGCGAAAUUUCAGCU